AUGUUAUCUGCUUCUUUGAGAAAACAAUUGAAGUUCAACGCUUUCCAAAAUGGGAGAUCUGUUAUCAGAUCUAUGGCUACUACCAAGAAUGCCACAAAGGAUUCAGAAACUGUUAAAAUCACUUUACCAGAAACUUCAUUCGAGGGCUACAUGCUAGAUAUUCCUGAAUUAGGAUUUGAAACAAGUAAACAAUCUCUUUUACAGAUGUAUAAAGAUAUGGUCAUUAUUAGAAGAAUGGAAAUGGCUUGUGAUGCUUUAUAUAAAGCUAAAAAAAUUAGAGGGUUUUGUCAUCUAUCGACAGGUCAAGAGGCUAUUGCUGUUGGUAUUGAAAAUGCUAUCACUAAGAAAGACUCAGUCAUCACUUCUUACAGAUGUCACGGUUUCACUUACAUGAGGGGUGGUUCAGUUAAAAGUGUUUUGGCUGAAUUAAUGGGUAGAAGAGCAGGUGUCUCUUAUGGUAAAGGUGGUUCAAUGCAUCUUUACGCGGAAGGUUUCUACGGUGGUAAUGGUAUUGUCGGUGCUCAAGUUCCAUUAGGUGCAGGUCUCGGUUUUGCUCAUCAAUAUAAAAACGAAGAUGCUUGUUCAUUUACCUUGUACGGUGACGGUGCUUCAAAUCAAGGUCAAAUUUUUGAAUCUUAUAACAUGGCUAAAUUGUUUAACCUACCAGUUAUCUUCGCUUGUGAAAACAAUAAAUACGGUAUGGGUACUGCCGCUUCCAGAUCGUCGGCCCUUACAGAAUACUAUAAGCGUGGUCAAUAUAUCCCAGGCUUGAAAGUCAACGGCAUGGAUAUUUUAGCUACUUAUCAAGCAUCUAAGUUUGCAAGAGAUUGGUGUGUCAGCGGUAAAGGUCCAUUGGUAUUAGAAUACGAAACAUACAGAUAUGGUGGUCAUUCCAUGUCUGACCCAGGUACCACAUACAGAACCAGAGAAGAAAUUCAACACAUGAGAUCGAAGAGUGAUCCAAUUGCAGGUUUAAAGCAUCACUUACUAGAAUUAUCAAUUGCUACUGAAGAUGAAAUCAAGGCUUAUGACAAGGCUGCAAGAAAAUACGUAGAAGAACAAGUCGCUUUAGCUGAUGCUGCUCCACCUCCAGAUGCUAAACUAUCCAUCUUAUUCGAAGAUGUUUAUGUCAAGGGUACCGAAGUACCAACUCUAAGAGGUAGAAUCCCAACCGAUACUUGGGAUUUCCAAAAGAAUGAUUUUGCCAAUAGAACUUAA